UGUGUUGUUGCCCCCGAAAAUGGAAAUACGGAACGAAGUGAAACAAUCGGACAAGGAGUUUGAAAAGAAGAAAUUUGUGGUGCGAAAUGCGGCCGACGUGCAGCGGGCCAAGCUGGAGAAGCUGAUGAAGAAUCCGGAUAAACCGGUCAUGAUACCGACAUCGGCGAAAGAUCGUGACUUUUCCAACGCCAUACCCUCGUUCGUCCGCAACGUAAUGGGCUCCAGUGCCGGCGCCGGUUCCGGAGAGUUUCACGUGUAUCGGCACCUGCGUCGCAAGGAGUACGCCCGCCAAAAGCACAUCCAGGAAAAGUCACGCACCGAGCAGUUGGACGACGAUUUCCAGGCGAAGUUGGAACAGAACCGGCAGAUGGCCGAGGACCGGACGGCAAAGAAGCGUGCAAAACGGCAGAAGAGGAAAGCCAAACAGAAAGCGAACCACGGCAAGAAACCAAAGCGGGUGGAACAGGACGAGGAGUCUUCGUCCUCCGGCGGCAGCGAUACCGAAGAGAACGAUCCAUCAGAGGCACCACCGCAAUCCGAUGAUAAGACGAGCGAGAAAGAAAAGGAACCAGUGGCAGCCCAAGCCGACGAUACAGACGAGCCAUGUCAACCUGCUGAAGAAACGGGGGAUAAAAAUGUUGACCAAAACCCCACAGACGAAUAGCUGGAGCGAAGAGACACAGCGUACAAGAGUCGAUUAAUUAUCCCAACCCCAAGCAAAACGAACAGAAACUUGUUUACUAUUGUAUCUGUAUUUCAAAUUCCACUAGCUCUGGCCUCAAUCCGUGCCUCCGCGGAGGCCGAUAAUAUUGUAAAAAAGAGAGAGAAAAUAAAACUUUAAAUAUAUUUGCACUCUCUCUUCUCACGCGCAGUUCACUGUUUGAUGAUGUUAAUUUUAAUUUAUAUAUAUUUUUUCGCUUCCCAAAUCAUACUCCCGCCUCGUCCAUCAACACCACGGACCGGGGACCGGUUCCUGUACUAACUAAUAACACGCAAUCCUUACACUGCUGCGUGCGUCCC